AUGGCAGGUCUUGUAGGCUACGAAAGCAGCAGCGACGAGGAAGAAGUCGUGCAGCAGCAGCAGAAGCCAGAUCAAAAGUCGCUGAAACAAACUCAAGAUACCACUACCGGUCUGGAUAGGAAGCCAGAAGAAGUCCCAGCACAACAACCCAGUGCUACCUCACAAAAACCAGAUGAGCAAGCAGCAGCCAUCAUCGGGCCACAGAUCGGCCCAGCAGCAGCCGCAGGUCCCAGCUUCCCUCCGCUGGAAGAAGCACCACUAGAAGACGACGAGGACAACAACAACAACAACAACAGCCUCCUCAACAUACCCCCCGGCUCGCCGUACACGGCAACCCGCGCGCUCCUGCGGGACCUAACGCUGCCCCCGGUCCCAAACACCGCCAUCCCGCCGUCGCCCCCGGGCUCGCCCGCCCCGGGCACAAGCGCCAAGUUCGAGCGGUUCCUGGAGCUCAAGCGGCAGGGCGUGCACUUCAACUCGCGCGUCGCCGCGAACCCGUCGCUGCGCAACCCCGCGCUCGCCGACAAGCUGCUGUCCUUCGUCGGCCUCGGCGCCGCCCCGGCCGACCAGUACGCGACUGCCCUGCCCGCGGAUAUCUGGGACCCGGCUGCGUUCCCGCGCUGGGCGUACCGCGAGCAGCUUCGGCUGAGCCAGGCCGAGAUCGAGAAGGCUAGGGCUAGGGGUAAGGGCGCGCCGGUGGAUUUCGUGGCGGCGGUGGGGGAUGGGCUGGGUGGUGGUGUUUCGCAGGGAGGGGGUGCGUCGAGGGCGAGUGCGAGUGCGGGGAAGCGGAAGACGAGGUUUGAUGCGUAG